UCGCCUUCUUGUCGACAUUUUUAUAUUGUUUCCAUGGAGUUUUAAUUAAUGGCGAACCUUCCAUCUGUACAGUGCUGUCGUCAUUCCAUUCGAUAAUUUCAAUAAAGGAGGGAAAUCAAAAUAUCAAACCCUAAUUUUUUUUUCUCAGAUUCCGAAAAGUUGUUCAACCCCUCACAUGGAAAGACUGCGGAAGCAAUUUAAAUGGAAGAGGAGAGGAAGAAUAAGAACAAGAAAGAGCGACAGAAAGUUCUCUUCAAUCGGAAACCUGUCUCCGACGCAGCCAUGCCGUCGUCGUCUUCCGCCCCUUCGCCUCCAAAAGACGCCGUGGUCAGAAUCAACGGCCAGGAUUUACCGACCAGCAGUGGUGGGGUAAGCAACGGCCAGGAUUUACCGAUCAGCGGUGGCGGUGGAAUCAACGGCGGAGAUAAGAGAAUGUGGAGAGACUAUAGCUACGACUUCUCAAACGACGCCGUAAUGAGAGCCGCCGCCAGCUCCAAGGACUUCGAUUUCGUGACGACGGAGUCGCCGACGCUGUCGCAGCAAUCUCCGACUCUAUCGAAGAUUCCAGAAAGCCCUAGCGGCAGCAACAACCCUACGCCGAGGGACGCUCGAGUUUCAUUCGCGGGGAGAGUUGAACCGGCGGCGAACCGCCGCUCCGACGCUGAACCGGAGGAGGUUCUGGUUUGUAGCUCCAACAAUUCCUUCCGCCGGAGAUCGAGUCUGAUGAGGACCAAAACCAAAUCUCGGCUGCUCGACCCGCCGGAGGACAAUCCGAAGAAAUCUCAGACUCCGAGAAGCAAUAAAUCGCAAGUUUUAGGAAAAGGCGAAAUCGAGGAGGAAGAUCCUUUCCUCGACGAGGACUUGCCGGAAUCCUACCGGAAAAUGAAGUUCAGUUUCCUCUCCAUGUUACAGCUUCUGAGCUUGAUCCUAAUAAUCGCGGCAUUGAUUUGCAGCUUAACCAUCAACAUAUUGAAAACCAGGAAAAUAUUCCAAUUGGAGCUCUGGAAAUGGGAAUUGAUGGUUUUGGUGUUAAUCUCGGGCAGAUUAGUCUCCGGCUGGGGAAUUCGAAUCGUCGUCCUCCUCAUCGAGCGCAACUUUCUUCUUCGAAAAAGAGUUCUGUAUUUCGUCUACGGAUUGAAAAAAGCAGUGCAGAACUGCGUCUGGUUAGCCCUGGUUCUGAUCGCCUGGCAUUUGAUCUUCGAUGAAAAAGUCGAGCGGGCGACGAACGGGAAGAUUCUGCCAUACGUGACCAAGAUUUGGGUGUGCCUUUUGGUUGCAACACUGAUAUGGCUGCUCAAGACAUUGCUCGUUAAGGUUUUAGCAUCAUCCUUUCAUGUCAGCACAUUCUUCGAUCGGAUUCAGGAAUGUUUGUUCAAUCAGUACGUGAUCCAGACGCUGUCUGGGCCGCCAUUGGUCGCCAUUCAGGAGGAGCGGGAGGAGGAGGAGAGAGUCCUCGUCGAGGUCCAGGAGCUGCAGAGCGCCGGCGCGACGAUCCCCGCUGAUUUGAAGGCAAAUAUGUUCCCCAACAGCGACCGGAAACUCGGGAACACUCCGAGGAGGAGCAGCGGCGGGAGUCCUGCAGCUUUCUCGAAGGCGAUGUCGAAGAAGGAAGAUGAGAAUGGGAUCACCAUUGAUCAUCUGCAUAAGCUGAAUCAGAAGAAUGUGUCAGCUUGGAAUAUGAAGAGAUUGAUCAACGUUGUUCGGAAGGGCGUGCUGUCGACGUUGGACGAGAAGUUGCACGGCUCGGACGAGGAGGCGGUGCAGAUCACCAGUGAAUACCAGGCCAAAGCUGCUGCCAAGAAGAUCUUUACAAAUGUGGCUAAGCCAGGAUCAAAGUUUAUUUACCCCGAGGAUUUGAUGCGAUUCAUGCGCGAAGACGAGGUUUUGAGAACGUUGCGUCUCUUCGAGGACAGCGAGCAGAAGGGAAUCAGCAAGCGGGUUCUUAAGAACUGGGUGGUGAAUGCUUUCAGAGAACGAAGGGCGCUCGCGCUGUCUCUAAACGACACAAAAACGGCCGUGAACAAACUCCACCAAAUGCUUAAUGCGCUCGUGGGGGUACUCAUCGUCGCCAUAUGGCUUCUAAUCCUCAAAGUCGCGACGACGCGCUUCUUCAUCUUCUUGAGCUCGCAGCUGCUGCUAGUCGUGUUUGUGUUCGGGAACAUGUGCAAGACUACAUUUGAGGCGAUCGUGUUCUUGUUUGUGAUGCAUCCGUUUGACGUGGGCGAUCGAGUUGAAGUCGAUGGAGUUCAAAUGAUUGUGGAAGAAAUGAACAUACUUACGACAGUUUUCCUGAAGUACGACAACCACAAGAUCUACUACCCGAACAGCCUCCUCUCCACAAAGCCGAUCUACAACUACUACCGUAGCCCCGACAUGGGCGAUGCCAUUGAAUUCUGCAUCCACAUUGCGACGCCUCCGGAGAAGAUUGCUGCGAUGAAGGAGAGAAUCACAAAAUAUGUCGACAAGAGGAGCGAUCACUGGUAUCCGGCGCCACCCAUAGUGAUGAGGGACGUGGAAGACAUGAACCGUCUGAAGUUCUCGAUAUGGCCUUCGCACAAGAUGAAUCAUCAAGACAUGGGGGAGAGGUGGGCAAGGAGAGCCCUUCUGGUGGAAGAAAUGGUCAAGACUUUCCGGGAUCUCGACAUUGAGUAUCGCAUGCUGCCGCUCGAUGUCAACGUGCGCAACAUGCCGGCAAUAACCUCCACAAGACUGCCCUCUACCUGGGCAGCUUGAGAAUCAUAUACAAUGUGCAAUACAAGAGGGAGACUCUUUUGUUAAGUAAGGUUUCAGUUUUAGAGAAGAGCUGUAUAGUUAUGGAAAUGUAAUGAGUUUUCUAGUCUCCCUCAUUGAAUAAUGAGAAAUUUUCACUAGUUCA